AUGUUGAGGUCAUUAUGGAGAACAAAUAAUAACACUUCAAAUGAUGAUAAUGAUGAUCGAAAUGUAAUCUAUAAUGAUCAGGAUAGUAGUGAUGAUGAACAAGAAUCAAUCGAUCAUUCUCACCUGCAGGAACACUGUCAUUUUUUGUUGCUAUCCCAAAAAGAGGAUCGAAGAGCUGAACGAUCAUUGGUAGUGGUAGCAAUUUUAAGUGCCAUUUUUAUUAUUGCUGAAUUUAGCGGUGGCGUUUUGGCCCAAAGUUUAGCUAUAAUGACUGAUGCUGGACAUAUGCUAAGUGAUUUGCUCUCCUUUAUUAUAUCUAUCAUAGCAAUUCGACUUUCGCGCUCUCCUGCAAAUUACCGCUUAUCAUUUGGUUUCCUUCGUGCGGAGAUUUUGGGUGCUACGAUAUCGAUUAUAAUCAUAUGGAUUCUUACAACGAUGCUUGUUAUGCUUGCUUUACAGCGGAUUAUCAAUAAUAAUUUCAAUGUUGAUGCAAAUACAAUGAUUGUAACAGCAAGCGCAGGCGUAAUAUUUAAUAUUAUAAUGGGACUCGUUUUGCGGUAUUUCCGUUGUGCUCAUCCACAAGAUAUAGGUCAUAGUCACAGCCAUACUAAUGUGAAUGUACGCGCGGCUUUCAUCCAUGUUCUCGGUGAUUUUAUCCAGAGCAUUGGUGUAACAGAUUGGAAAUUAGCUGAUCCGUUAUGCACUUUUCUAUUUUCUAUAAUCGUGCUUUUCACAAGUGUUACUGUUAUUCGUGACAUUUUCUUCAUAUUGAUGGAAGGAACACCUUCACAUAUCAAUUAUGGUAGCUUGCAAAAUGAUUUGUUGAACAUAAAUGGUGUAAGAACAUUGCAUAGCUUGCAUGUAUGGUCAUUAAAUAUGGACAAAACAGCUUUAGCAGUUCAUUUGGCCAUUGAUGAACCAGAGAAAGCAACCGAAACAAUGCAAGUAGCUAGUAGACUUAUACGCUUCAAGCACGGUAUACAUCUGGCUACAAUACAAAUCGAACAAUACGAAACUUUCAUGUUAUCAUGCAAAUUCUGUAAACCGUUAAUGGAACUAAACACAAGGGUUGAUAUAUGA